AUGUCCAAGCAGAUCACCAUCAUCUCUGCCGGGGCUUCCGCAGCGUUCCUCCAGGCUGCCAGUACUAUUAUCAACAAGGCGACCGGUGGGAAGAUAAGCACGACGACUGCUACGACAGCGGACCAACAUGCAGUGGUUGUAGGACCAGAUACACCUACUGGCGUUCACACGGCGGUGACAAAUGUGCCUGCUUCGCCGGCUCCGGCGUACAAGGGCGUGAAGACGGUGCUCGUGCGCGCGGUGCUGCCACGUUCUGCGCCUGAUAAGGUGCAGCUGCGGGACGCCAUCGACGUUUACGCUUCCGCUGGCAUCAACAGGGAUGCAGAGGUGAAGGCGGCCACGGAGUCCUUCAAGAAGAGCGCUGAGGUGGCCGUGGCAAAGGCCAGGGAGGCGGGCUUGAACCGCGUCACCCUUGUCGUCAAGCAAGCGACGAAGUACGAAAAUAUUAACGAGCUCUUCAAAAAGGUAUCAGCAGAGACGAUUAACGCUGCAGGUAUGUCAUCCGAUAUACAGGGAACAUCCGCCGCCACGAACCAACUCAUUAUGCACCCUGAGUCUCUUUCUGUGGUGCUGCUCAACGAUGUAGCGCCCACGGAGAACAUUGAACUCGCCUACGCUGGAGUUGUCGGGGGUGCGAGUCGCACGUAUCAUACAGUGAAUGGCGGCACAAUAUCAGCAGGCCACAGCUUUAAAUCCGUUGCGUUGGCGGUAGCACAUGAGCUCCGAGCGCUUGGGAUGAAGAGCGAGGCUGAGAAGGUUGAGGCUGCUGCUGCAAAGAACCCGAGGGCAGUGGUUUCUGCCAUCUAA